AUGCACCUGCAAUCCCCACUGAGGACCACCGAAUUCUGGGUCAAUACUGUGAAAACAGCGAACGGAUGGGGCGAUGUGAUAGGCAGUCGGAGGGGAUUCAUGAAGACAAUUAUGGGCAAGGCGAAGUACGUUACGAACUUUGGCGAGGAGAAUAUCGGGGACCCGCCAGGCAAGGAGAUCAUGGAGAUGACAGGAAGCAGUCACGAUCUUGGCAAGGAGGAUACCACUACGCAGACCCAUGUGGGGUUAAGUCAGAGUACGCACCAAAUCCAAUGUCAGGCAUUGCAGCGUACAUCACCACGUCGACUACCUGUUCUGCUGCGACCCAUAACCGACAAAUCCAGCAUUACCGAGAGCGUAAAGUCUUCCGGACAGCAUUCCAGAAGGCCGGGAGAUCCCAUAGUGCACAGUACUAGAGAUAUGAUUUUCUUUCUCGAGACGACGAACGUGUCAGAUGGCAAACUGAGUUACAAGUUCACCUUCCUCGGGGCCUCUAGUGUGAAAUGA